AUGUCGAUGUUUGCAGAGAUGAUUUCGGCGUCGUAUCUGGCUACGACCGCGGCCACUUUCUUCAUUGGAUACCUCCUUGUCAAACAGCUAUUUGGUAAACGAUACAGGCUCCCGCCUGGUCCAAAGGGUUGGCCUUUCAUCGGAUCGUACCCAACCAUUGUAUCAGGAAAGUAUGACCAAAGGGAACUUUUUGGCAUGUGGGCUGAGGAGUAUGGGAAUAUCUACACGUUCAACGUCUUUGGGACCCGAUUCGUCAUCUUGAACAGUCACGACCUAGUCCAAGAAGCGUUUCAGAGCCCCGACAUCAACGAUCGCGCCCCGAUACUUCCUUGUAAUAGGGCCCUGAACAGACCAAACACGGGACUCGGGUUAAUCUCAGAAAACGAAGGCCCAUUCUGGAAAGAACAACGUCGUUUUGUCAUCAGUAACCUCCGUAACGUGAGGAAAUCAAACAACAAUUUUGAGGAUUUGGUGAUGGCGGAAGCGGCCAAACUUGUCAAAGAAUUCGCCAGCCGGAAGUGUGUUGCCUUCGAUCCAGCCGACAGUAUUUUUGUCACGGCAUCCAACGUCGUCAUCGGCAUCGUGACAGGAAAGACCUAUGACUACAACGACGAGGAGUUCGUGGAGCUCACCAAGAAGGCGCGGGCGAUCUUUGAGUGGAUGGGUCCAGGAUCAUUCUUCUACCAUGUCCCAGUACUGUCCUACAUGCCUUUCGAGAUCAACAAGAUGGGAGAUGUCGCUGCUAAGGGUAUGUUCGACUUUCUGGACAAGAUCUUGCAGAGACAUCGGCAGUCCUAUGACCCGGCAGACAAGCCAACAGACUUGAUAGAGGAUUUUCUACAUGAACAGGCGAAACGAAAUGCAAAGAACAUGGAUGUGGGAUCGUUCAAUGAUCUAUGCCUUAAACAGGUUCUAUGGGAUCUGAUUCUGGGUGGCUUUGAGACUGUCUCUACUAGCAUUUUGUGGUACUUUCUCCUCAUGGCCCAACACCCAGAUAUACAGGCCAAUGUCCAGGCCGAGCUCGAUAAGGUCGUCGGGCGGGAUCGUCUCCCAUCCCUGUCCGACCGCCACAAACUUCCCCACACGGAAUCGACCAUGGUGGAAUGCUACCGAAUCUGUAGGGUUCUCCCUACGCAAAUCCCACACCGUACUCGUUGCGACGUGAGGCUCGGAGGCUACGACAUCCCGAAGGGAACGAACGUCGCCACGAAUGCCUACAUGCUCGCGUCCUCGGCCGCUGUCUGGAGUGAUCCCGAAAAGUUCGUCCCGGACAGAUUCAUCGAUAAAGAGUCGGGACUGUUCGACAGCAAACUGGAAGCUAAACUUAUGGAAUUCGGAAGUGGUCGGAGGGUAUGUCCCGCAGAACAACUGGCUCGUACAGAACUCUUUGUGUUUUUUACACACAUCUUACAUCGCUUCACCCUUAAACUACCGGAAGGGACACCCAUUUCUAUGGCGGGAAAGUGUGGUUUGACGUUCCAUCCUGACCCCUUUAAAUUCGAAGCGGUUCCCCGAAAUUCAACCAUCGAAGAAGGGGCUUUCCUAUAGACAUGAUAGAGGGUUGCCGGAAUUGUAGAAUAUGUGACCAGCCAACUCAAAACCAACCCGAAGUCGCUAUGGAGGCUUCUCUCUUUUCUUAUUUCUUGAAGCUCUAACUGAAAUUUCUUUCUUUUUCAAUGAAAUAUUGGUUUCCGUUAUUGUUGAUCAAAGCUUUAGAGGAUGUUCCUUUUUCGUCUGGAUAAUCAUUUUGGCGACUUAUUGUUGGUCUUUAGGUGGCUAGUCACGUCGUGGCAGGUCAUGAUUGUGGUUUCAAUUAUUUUGCACAAUGUUCAGAUCUGUAUUCAGUAUACUUACUGGACAAACCGAUAUUAUAUUGUUUUCAAUAACCUUUCUUAAUUUCCAAAAGAAUGCUUAGUGAGAUGAUGAGCACAACUGCAAUCAUAUGAUUGAUUUCUGGGAUACUAUUUUUUGUAUUCUUACAGAUAUUUAGGUGAGGGAAAGAAAGUAAGAUAAAGUAUAUUAUUGUAAGCAAUGAGGUUGAAAGAGUUUACUUCCAAAGUUAAGUGGCGGAGUAUUAUCUAGCAUAAUGGUCACAGGUGAAUUAAAUACGGGAAAUAAGGUAUAUGGUGUAUGACAAUAAUUUGGUAUGUUAUUUCGAUUUACGAAUUAUCGUUUUUGUAGUAUGACGUAGGUUAUGGGUAUUUAUCAUAGUCAAAGCAGACGUGAUUAUUAUUCAAUAUAAUGCGAGAAUAUUGUUGUUGGAGAAUACGGGGUGGGAAAUGGAGUAUAUUGUAUAAAGUUUGGCAUUGAAAGAAAAAAAAUGAAAAGUGAAAGGGAAAAGUGCAAAAUAUGAAAUCACUUUUUGUAUUAAAAUUAAGAGUCCGCAACAAAAAUAGUGUAACAUAGGUACAGACAUUUGUUGAAAAGCAGCCCUUACUUUUGUUUCAUCGAAACAAAAGUCUGUAAUUUUUUUUUAUAUGUAUUUUUCCCAAGUUAUUUUGAAAUUCUAAAGGCACCACAUCAUUUGUCAUAUUCAUUUGUCUGAAGAAAGUCCGAAAUGUUGUCAAGCGAGAUAGACUUUCCCCAAAAUACACUCCCGUCUGUUUAUAUCAUAACAUAUCAAUUAUUCCCAUUCCGAAGUAUAGAUUUGUGUGAUCAAGUAAAUGCUGAAAUAUGAGUGCAAAUUAGAAUGUGCAAAUUAAAAUUUGUUUUAUGCGUGGCAAGACCAUAUGGAUUUUUGAAUUGACCACGUGUUAAGGUAUCGUGUACGCUACAUAGAGGGCAGUAUAGGUAGAGAAAUUAUUUUGGCCUGUUGCAAGUGUUGCAAUAAUAGGUAGCGUUUUAAAAGGAAAGUAUAUCUACACUUUCAUUCAAGCACAAAAACACAAAGUAGAUGUUAAACUAAAUAAUUGUCGAUAUGUAGUACAUGUACAUCAAUAUGAAUUUCCAAUAUAGGUUCUCACAUUUAACCUAAAAAUUGGGAAACUGUAAACAAAAUAAUUGGAGGUGAUUUCUCACCGAAAAAAAAUGGCUAUUACAAUGGUAAAAUCUUUUUGAUGAGAUUUUGCGGAUUUUUUUCGCACUUCCCUUUCUGCCCCUAUUGAUUCACCACCUGUGUCAACGUAAAGCCAGCUGCAAAAUUCAUAAAUGUAAUACUUUGGGUUUGGAUAAAUUUUCAACGAUA